ACCGCUCUCUCUCUCUCUCUCUCUCUCUCUCUCUCUCUCUCUCUCUCUCUCUCUCUCUCUCUCUCUCUCUCUCUCUCUCUCUCUCUCUCUCUCUCUCUCUCUCUCUCUCUCUCUCUCUCUCUCUCUCUCGCUCUGUCUCUCGCUCUGUCUCUCUCUCACUCUCGGAAAAUACUUGAUUGUAAUUAGUUAGGCCUAAUGUUAUAGAAAGGGGUUGGCAUUGUAAAUCCAUAAAAUUAAAUGCUUGAAGAUAGAAUGCAAGUUGUUUUUUAUAAUGUUUCUCUCAUCUCCUCUCAUAUCCUCUCCUCUCAACUCCCCUCCUCACCUCGCCUCUCCUCUCCUUUCCUCCCCCUCUCCUCUAAACUCCGCUCCUCUCCUCCCGCUCUACUCUCAUAUCUCCUCCUCUCCCCCUCUAAACGUUAAUAUCUUACAGGAUGGUAUGUCAGGUUGUUGAGUUUGUCCGCCGGCCACGCGCCGUCCAAUUUCUCGUUAAUUCAGUAAACACACGUACAUACGCACACACACGCACGCAUGCCCGCAACCUCGCUCACUGACUCUGAGAUGAAGGCUUGGUAUCAGCCUAUAGUAUUGUCAGCUAUUAGAGUUUUCGGGCGGAGUUGGCGCGUAAACUAAAACCGCAAUCCAACACGUCAUCGCCGCUGACAGUCCAAUCAGAUUACUCGGUUUGACGAGCCGUAGUCGCUCGUGUUGAAUGAAGACAAGUCGCUCCUCUCUCUCAAAACAUAACGAGUGUGACAGACAGACAGACAGACAGACACACAAACACACACACGCAUACACACACGCACACACAACAGGACUGCAGCCGCAGACACCGUCCUCCCGCUAGCCCUCUCCCCGUCAUGAGCAUCGCGGUGCCGUUCCAAGAUGGGGUAUUUGCAGGGGACCCCCCCGUGCACUGCGCCCCGCCUAGGGUACGCACUGUUGACGUCUCCAUGGAAACGGUGGCCUCCGCUUGGGUGCAUGACGCUGCCUCGUCCUACCAGGGUCAGGAGAACCAGCAUCUUUCAUCCUAUGGGGGUCUGUGUCCUCAACCAGAAGCAACCAAUAAGCUCUCGCCUCACCUGCACAGGAACAAACAGCUGCAGGACACCCUUCAACAGAGAGAGGAGGAGUUGGCCCGGCUGCAGCAGGAGAACGACAAACUGAGACACUUCCUCAGCUCCUCAUUUGUGAAGAACCUGGAGGAGAAGGUCAAGGGCCUCAGUUCAGACCAUAGGAGUAACCUUAAAAGGUGUCUCCAGCAAGACCACAGAACCGACCAGAACCUCAGUUCCUGUCGGUCACACCCAGCUGCCCAGCGCAUCAGCACUCGCGUUUGUCGCAAUCUCUUCCCUGAGUUCUGCUCUGACCCAGGUCCCCCCAGGGAACCAAACCUAGACCUCUGGGUUCUCCAGACACUGGGCCUCAAAGACCGGGACACCAUCGAUCCUUCUGCCUCCCCCAACUCCUUCCGACUCAACCCGUCCUCUUCUUCCAUCCGACGGCUUACUCCUCCUCGUCAGCCCUCUUCCCACUUCAGUGCUCCUUCUUCCUAUGAGCCUUCGGCCAUCCUGCCGCACCUUCCUCAGUCCCUCUCGUCCUCAUCCUGUGACUUUGUUCUGACUUCCCGUCCAGACCGCCCUGCCCUCACCACGUCCACCAGCCUUCAGCAUUCCCAUGCGGACAGUGCUAAUGCUAACAUUACUGCCACUCAACACCAAGAGGCCUACCACCCCUGCUACUCUCCAGACCAGUGCAAUGACAUCUCUGCUCACUAUUCUGCCACGACAACAGAUCACUACCGCACCAACACUGCCCUCUUAGCUCCCGUCGCACGAGCCCCCGAACACCCCAACACUGCCCUCCCAGCUCCCCUGAUACAGGGCCCCAAACACCCCAAUACUGCCGUCCUAGCCCCCCCGACAAAGGGCCCCAAACACCCCAAUACUGCCGUCCUAGCCCCCCCGACAAAGGGCCCCAAACACCCCAACACUGCCGUCCUAGCUCCCCUCACACAUGGGCUCAGCCGUUCACUUGGAGCAGAGGGCAUUACACCAGGCCUACCAGGGCUCGGUUCUUGGUCUGCCUCAGGUCCAGAUCCUCCGACACAUAGCCACCACAGCCUUCAACUCUCCCCCGUCCCCACCCAAGCUCUGACGAGCCAGACCCACGCCGCCCCGAUCCCACACCCAGGGGCCGUCCCUUCCUUUCAGAUGCUCACGCCCCCUCCCACGCCUCGCAAAGACGUGGUGUUCAGAGGGUCUCUCAGUCCCUCCAGCAGCUUCAAGACCCAUAGCUUCCCCCAGGGACAGGCCUUCAUCAGGAAGGACACACAGGGCUGCUGGAGCUUCACCUGGAUCCCGAAACAGAAUCCCUAGACUGGGGCUUCACCUGGAUCCCGAAACAGAAUCCCUAGACUGGGGCUUCGCCUGGAUCCCGAAACAGAAUCCCUAGACUGGGGCUUCACCUGGACCCCGAAACAGAAUCCCUAGACUGGGGCUUCGCCUGGAUCCCGAAACAGAAUCCCUAGACUGGGGCUUCACCUGGACCCCGAAACAGAAUCCCUAGACUGGGGCUUCGCCUGGAUCCUCAAACAUGAACUCUUGACCUGAGUUUAACCUGUAUCCCCAAAAGGGGUGCUACAAUAGCUGCUGCUGCCAUGCCCCCCUUUCGUUCCUGAUAGGGAAGCUCUGCCUGGAGCUCUGGUCAAAGAAAGAUUGUCCAUUUGCUUAAACCUUAUGAAGGACCAGGAGAGAACUAACAUUUAGCUGAGGAACAUUUUUGGUGCUACGUUACACCAGCACACUGUACAGUAGCACACUGCCGGUAUACUCUAAUGUGAGAAGGUUCCAGAGAUACAUGGAGCCUGUGACCUGCGACCAGGAACAUUCAACCUGAAACAUGCAACCUGAAACAGGCAACUAGGAACAUGUGACACAGAACAUGUGACCAGUUACCUGGAAAAAAAAAUUAAUAGCUACUUGAGAUUGACCGAUUGGUUCAGCUAGUUGGACUUGGUGGUUUCUUGGUAACUAGUUUCACCUGCUGCUUACCAGCGGCCUUAACUUGUUGGAUGCUAGUUAGCUAGUUGUACCUGCUACUUAACUGGUUAACGAUGUAGACGUUUUUGUACUAUCAUAUGCCAUGGUUUGGUGAGGAGAUAUUAAAGAUUUUAAAUAAUG